GAAAGAACGAAGUAGCGAAAUAGCAAUUGUCCGUACGUAAGAGAAGAGUCGAUCACGAUCGAUCUUCAUAGAUCUCAAAAAAUUCGAGUUGUCUGCGCCUGUUCGGGUGAUACUUCGGACUGAGGUGACUAUCAGACUCAGCAUUGGGCAGCGCUUAGUGAAGACCCCUGCGUAGUUGUGCCCUAUAGUUUCUUUUCAUUAUUCGACGUAUGGCCUGACGAUGGUGUAUUUUUUGGCCCUCCACUUUGCCUCUCUCGUUUGCACGUUGUGUGAAGGGGAGGCAAAGGCAACCUAUCGUAUCCUGUCCUAUCGUAUCCUGUCCUAUCUUCUCCAAGUCUCUCUUCGUAUUCAGUUCCUACAUAGUAUGUCGGAUUUGACUCUCUUUUCGUAUUCAGUUCCUACGUGGUCGCACAUCUACAGGGGUUCGAAAGAGUAGACUUUUCUAUAGAUAAUAUAGUUUUUUUUCACUGUAGUUCGUACUAUGUACUAUGUAC